AUGCUGGGUGGAAGCGUGAAGUCUGAGGCCAGGGUCUCGGAACCUCCUAGUCCCACUUACCAGGAUCCGGUGACCAAAGGAGCCAGCCCGAUGCCCCAGUGCCCACACCGCUGCCCGGACUGCCCCAAGGCUUUCUCGUACCCGUCCAAGUUGGCCACGCACCGGCUAGCGCACAGCGGAGCUCGCCCACACUCCUGCCCGCACUGCCCCAAGGCCUUCGGCCACCGCUCCAAGCUAGCCGCACAUCUUUGGACACACGCGUCCGUCCAUCCCUACCCGUGCCCCGAUUGCCCCAAGUCUUUCUGCCACCCCUCCAAGAUGGCGGCCCACUGCCACAUGCACCACACCACCGACGCCCGCCCUUACCCUUGCCCGCACUGACCCAAAGUGUUCUCGUCCCCCUCUAAACUGACGGCCCAUCGCCUGUGUCACGACUCCCCCACCGAGCCCAGCAGCCAGACCACUGGCCACCAUCGAUGCUCCAGCUGCGACCAGGCCUUUGGCCAGAGACGCCUCCUGUUGGUUCAUCAACGCAGUCACCACCAGCCACGAGGGCCAGGGAAAAAGGGAGUCUGUCAGCCUGCCCUCUCUGACUACAUCACGUGUCAAUAA